UGUCAGGCGCGCGCCCGCCCCGCUCCGCGCUGCAGGCGGUGGAGGCGGAAGGGCUCUGACAGGCUCUGGGUGCCGAGUUCCAGGCUAAACUACUACUAACGUAAAGAGUUUCCAGGCUAACCCUAACCCUAACGUAAAACAGUUAUUCUGACAAUGUCAUCUACUGUUGGCCGACUUUGUGAGCAGAUUGUCAUUUGUGAUUUAAUGCAUUUGGUAAUCAUUAAAGUCCAGAUGCAAAUGAGCUAACAUAUAGAGUUACCAAGCGUUAUAAAGCAUUAAACACAGCUGACAUUAGCUGUACAUAGUACCAACAGGCGUUAUAAAGCAUUAAACACAGCUGACAUUAGCUGUACAUAGUACCAACAGAACAACCUGUAGGCUACGUUCGGCUGCCUUGGAACAUUACCACUCAUAGGUCAUUCAAAUGUCAGCGCGACAUGGCCGUUAAUAAGUGCUCGAAACUAAUGUCUGUCGCAGCCCUGCGGAUGAUCCGCUGCCGGAGGUUGAGCACCGCGGGUCCAGAAGGAAAGAAGGUGGUGGUUCCCUGGAAGGCUGUCAGAAGGAUCGCAAAGGUCACUGGAGCUGUUGUCUUUGGGGGUUGCGUUUUGAUCAACUACGAGGUCACCUCCCUGGACAAAGCGGUCACCAUCGACACUCAGGCCAUCCUUCAGGAGAAGCACAAAUCCUACAUCUAUCUCAACUCCACCGCCUCGGCCGAGCAAGAGACCAUCGCCACGGGCCUGACCCACAGAGCCAGGAGAGUGCUGCACAAGGCCGCCCGGAGGUUUCUGGAGAUUUCCUCAAGGAUCCUCCUCCGGCCCCUGGAUGAGCACCUGAGCCAUAAAGACGCUGAUGCCCAUGAGUGUGCGCUGUGGGUCUUGCUGAAGAGGGCGCGGGCAGACGGACGGGCAGAGAGGCACCAGGCUGUCCAGAACCUGGCACACAACAAACACUGGCACGACUACCAGUACCAGACGGCAGCACAGGCCCUGGAUCAGCGCGCUGCGGUGGGUUUGGCCCGGACGCCUCACGUGGACCUGCGCUUCUUCCUCAGUCCACCACUACUGCCACAGGUGGAGGACGGUUUCUCAUUGGAGGACGGUCUCAGACAGCUGUUGGCGUCUCUGCCCCAGUCUGAGGUGGAUGAGUGUGUCCAGUACUUCACCUCCCUGGCCCUCAGAGAGAGCAGCCAGGCCCUCGCCGCCCAGAGGGGAGGCCUGUGGUGCUUCGGGGGGAACGGGCUGCCCUACGCCCAGAGCCUGACCACCAUUCCCUCCGAGAAGGUGGAGUCCUUCUGCCUGCAGGCCCUGGUGCAGCACUCUAAGGUGUCCAGUCACUGUGAGCACAUCGUGGCCAGUGGGGGUCUGAAGCUCCUGCAGAGGGUUUUCCAGCUGCGCAGCGACUCGCCGAAGAUCCAGAGGAACAUCGUGCGCAUCAUCGGGAACCUGGCCCUGAACGACAACAGCCACGCCGCUAUAGUGCAGUCAGGUUGGCUGACUGUGCUGGCUGAGAUGGCCCAGUCGCCCCACAUCAUGCAGGCUUCACACGCUGCCCGUGCCCUGGCCAACCUGGACCGCGACGCUGUGGAGGAGAAGUACCAGGACGGGGUUUACGUGCUCCACCCGCAGGGCCGCACCAGCCAGCCGGUGAAAGCGGACGUGCUCUUCGUCCACGGCCUCCUGGGCGCUGCCUUCAAGACCUGGAGACAGAAGGACCUGGUGGACCAAUCAGGGGACAGCACAGCAGCAUCGGGAGACCAGGAGGACUACACCGAGUGCUGGCCAAAGUCAUGGUUGGCCGCUGAUUGCCCCUACCUGCGUGUGCUCUCGGUUGAGUAUGACACCCACCUGAGUGACUGGAGAGCCAAGUGUCCUGCAGAAAACCAGAGGAAGUCUCUGGCGUACCGGAGUGGAGAGCUCCUGGAGAAGCUGAGGACCGCUGGAGUGGGAGACAGACCAGUGAUCUGGGUGGCACAUAGCAUGGGAGGCUUGUUGGUGAAGAAGAUGCUCUCAGACGCCUCAAGGGAUCCAGACCUGCAGCCGCUGGUGAAGAACACGGCGGCCAUCUUGUUCUACAGCGUGCCCCACCACGGGACAUUCAUGGCCGAGUACUCCGUCAACGCCCGGUACCUGCUCUUCCCCUCCAUAGAAGUCAGAGAACUCUGUAGAGACUCCCCUGCACUCAGAGACCUGAAUGAGACGUUUCUGGACAUCGCCAGAGACAGAGAUAUUCAAAUCCUGAGUUUUGCUGAGACCCUGCCGACUAACAUUGGACCGAUGAUCAAAAUACUGGUAGUGCCGGAGCAGACCGCAGAUCUGGGCAUCGGAGAACUGAUCCAAGUGGAUGUUGAUCAUCUGAACAUCUGCAAACCUGAGAAGAAGGACUCCUUCCUCUACAGGCGCAGUCUCCAGUUCAUUCAGGACGCUCUUGCCAAGCACGUCACGCACGUCACGCAGUCUACAGUUCAUUCAGGACGCUCUUGACAAGCACGUCACGCAGUCUACAGUUCAUUCAGGACGCUCUUGACAAACACGUCACACAAUAAAUAUGAAGGAGUUUGCUCCAGGAGGACACGUCACACACGUCACACAAUAAGGAUCAAUG